GCAACUCUCCUAAUGCUGCUUUUCCAGUUGCUAUUGGUGAAAAAACUCGUGUCAAUAAUCUUGAUAUUCUAAUUAAUGAUUUUACAAUUGGAUUUCUCAAGAAUCUUCUUAUCGAGAAGAUAGCAGUCCUGUACCGAAAUUGUAUUGAAAAAAAACUCGAAGGUAAGAAGUUAAAUUCACCAUUUGAUGCUAUUAAAGAAAUUUUCUCUCAAAAUUCUUCCAAAGGCAUUCAUCUAAUCAUACAAUUGCACAAUAAAACUAAAACUAUUAUUGAAAAUCUUUUCAAGCAAUUACCAAAAAUUGAUACAAGUCAACAUGUGUUCACAAUUUCACAAUUUUCAGGAACCAAAGGGGAUACAAUUGCAUUAGUAAAACAUAUUUCGGAAGGUUCAUUUGAAGUAAAAAAGUCUUCUGAGUAUCUAAUAUUAGUAUCACUGCCAGAUACAUGGUGUAUAAUUAAUAGAAAAGAGCCCCAAAUAGGCUAUGAUUUUGGAGGAAAGUUAAUUAUAGUGUCAUCACCUAAAAAAGAAGUUGAGAAAUUUAUUAUCAAAGCUUAG